AUUGUUCACCAUGUUGGAGUCGCUGGGAACGUUGAACCUGUGCGUCUACACUCUAGCAACAAGAGAGUAUCGGGACUCCCGCUUUUCCAUGAAGACCUGAUGCUCUUCCAAUUCAUAAUCCUGUUUUUUAUACCUCUGGUCCGUACAACUUCGGACUGGAUCACCUACCCUGCCAAUGGGACUGCUACCAUGACCCAUUAUACCAUGGCUCAAGGCUACAUCGCUUCAUGCGGAUGCACAGGCGACAGCACAAAAUACCCAACCGCUGCCAUGUCCCAAAUGGCCUAUGGAAGUAGUACCGCGUAUGGCCCUGCCUGCGGAAAAUGCUUCAAACUGACUCUGCUCAACACAUACACGCCGGACCCUCCCUUCUUCCCUGCUGUAUCCAAGUCGGUCAUCGUUAAAGUCACCGACCUCUGUCCGUAUCUCAAAGAUGGCUGGUGUGGCGGGAUGGUCGAUAAAACCAACCCGGGUGGGCAGUAUAUUAAUUUCGAUCUAGUCUGGCCGUCUUCUGCCAUCCCGAACGAUUUUUUCCCGUCAAAUGUUUCGUUCUACGGUUAUUCCGACUUUGGAGUCUGGAACGUGUCUUACCAGACUGUGGACUGCCUCGAAGAUUGGGCCGGACGACAGCAGCAGUCUGCCCUUGGCAGUGUUGCUUCCCUGGGCGAUUCGGGAUGCUGCCCAGCAAACCCAGGGCCCAACAGCACUUGCCCGUCGUUCUCGGAUGAUAAUGCUAUACCCCCUAAUACUGCUACCAGUUUGGGUCAUAAAUUGACUGUACCCAUCGUGUUGCUAACAGUGCUGGUCGCCGUUCUUGUUGUAUAGAUAGAAAUUGAAUUGCAAAAUCUAAUGCAAUGUAACUUCCGUUGUUUUCACUAGCCCUCUCGAUUUGCGUCAAAAUCAUUUCAUGUUCAAUCACAAGGACAAGACACUAUCUACACGAAACAACAACAUUGAAGACCGAACUCCCCAACAACUCAAGCGCACACAAGUAAACCAGAAGAUCCGCUCUCAACCCCGUGGGGGAGAAAGGACCUCCUGCUAUUCCGUGGCAGCAUCGAGAAGAGGAUCGCCCGUACAACAGCGGAUGAUGUGCAGUAGAUGUAUCGUCAGCGUGAAGGAGGAAAUGGAAGAGGACGUUAUCGAUAGAUAAGAGAGGAGAGAAAUAGAUGAGGAUAAGAUGCCAGUGAAUGUCCAGGGAAAUAAUGAGGGGUAUGCUGUAAUUUUGGGGGCCGGCGAUCAAAAGACACCGACGAGAGCGGGAUCCGGAUUCACCAGUGAGAGCGCGUCGGCGUCUGCCCACUCGAGAUUUGACGGGAAGCCGGCCGCAGCAGUAGCAGCCGGCAAGAGCUCCAGGAUCCGAUCCAUCUCCAGCAUAUCCACCUCGAGUUCUGUGUUCCAGAACCCUGUAGUUUCAUCGGCACCAUCCCGCCCAAGACCCUCCAACCCUAGAAUGCCUGCGGUCUCGCUGGCAGUCACUUGCGCCGGGAAGGGCGCUGUCGGGGCCGACGGAUCCGUCGUGACUUGGAACCCGGAGGCGCCCGGAACGUCAAAAGGAAGAUCCGACGAUGAGAGGUUGGGGGAUGGGGCGAGGAUUUCCCGGAAAAGGUCCUCCAUUGUUGCGUCGUCAAUCGUUGGUUCCUCAAGACGCUGGAUUUCGUCUGCACCGUUGAGUCCGAGGGAACGUUCGAGAUCACCCGCUGCAGGGCCAUUGAUGACGGAGUUGGACCGCCAGGAAUGGACGCCACCCGUGCUAGGUGGCGAGUGAUCUCGACUUGCUCGGUCUUUGGUGACAGGCUAGGAGACGACAAGAAAGAUGUCGAAGGAGACAUGUCAAAUUCUAGAGAGGUGUGUGAUGGGGCGGGAGAAAUGGGAAAUGACAUGAUGGGUCCAAGCUCGCUGAGAGGCGAUGUCGCAGUCGUAGUCGUGGCUUCCGUUGGAGAAGCGACUGCGGUCGCAGCGGAUGUUCCAGAGGGUUCCGUCGUCGCAGUUGAGGUGGGCGCAAGACCUUGCGCUGCCAGUGCCUUCAUCACUGUAUCCCAACCUUUCUCGAGCGACUUGAUACGUUGGCGGAGCUCCUCGUUCUCCCGAUCCUUGGCCAGCUCCCUCUCGGCUUCCUGGGCUUUCACCAGUUCCGAAGGUGGGGGACUUGAUACAAGACCAGCCCUCAGUUGGCGAUUCUCUUCCUCGAGUUCGGUAACACGGCGCUCGAGGUAAGAAAACUGAGCUUUACGACGGUCACGGGAGUUCUGUGCUGCGAUACGGUUGCGAUGGGCACGAGCCUCUUUGCGUUCUUCAGAGUUCUGGGAAGUGCGAGGGCGCUUGCGGGAAGGACCGGCCUCUGGGACUUCGUCUUCAUCAUCGCGAGGGGACAUGGAGGUCAUGAUGUCAAUGGACAGGGACGAUGGGUCAACGGACAUGUUGUACGAGUAUACGUGGAGGGAGGAAAGAAAGAAUGGCUUUCCUGUCUUGUAUGGGUUCUGAGGGGGCUGCGGAUGGCAGGACGUCGUGGCCGUGAGGAGAGUUGCCACGUAUUGCCACGUCGCUAUAUGAUAUGAGUGACACAGUCACAGUGACAGGCACCGUACACGAUCACGUGACUUGGAUUGUAU